GACACAGUCACUAAACAGAGUAACUAACUAAAUUAAGGAGAGUCCAAGUGUGUGGGAGACAAAGAGAGACAUGGCUAAGUGGUGUAUGUUGGUGUUGGUUCUUGCUCUGGCUGUGGCUACAAGUGCCAGAGAUGUUCCCAAUCCCAAGGAUGCUGGUCUCAAUGACCAGAAGAACUUCAUCAGCUAUGGUGGAGUUGGUGGCUAUUCUGGAAUUGGAAGCAAUGGACUACCUUUUGGAGGUGUCGGAAUAGGUGGUGGUAUUGGCGGUGGUGGACUUGGUGGCGGCCUCGGCGGCACCACCGGGAUAGGUGGGUUGGGAGGAUUCGGAGGUCCCAUUGGUGGCGGUGGUGUUGGUGGUGGUAGCAUACCUCAUCCUACCCCUUGAUAUGAACAUGCAUGCAUAUGGAAUUUCUUCUCGUUUCUUUGGAUUACCCUAGUCAACGACCUUCGGUCAGGAAAUAAUUGUGGUUUAUGUUCGUGUCGUUUAUCUUACAACCAUUUUAGAGUUUAAUUUAUUAUCGCCUAUUGAAAUUAAGCAAAAAAAAUAGUAGUAUAUCUUUGUAAUGUAUUAUGUCAUUUCCGUCGAUCUUUGCUUAGGUUUUGUUGUGUCAAGUGCCAACCAUAGUACUCAUACAUAUACGUGUGGUUCCUUUAUGGAAUAUUUAUAUUUAGCAUGGAAGUAAUGUAAUCAAUAUAUGAGUUCAAUUUACUAGCUA